UUCAGGGCCCAAAGCCCUUUUGUCCGAUACCGAAACUCCCGCUUGUUCCGUUACCAUCACUAACUCAUGCUUCAAUCAAACAACAGGGCAGCGCCUGCAGUGCUUCGCUUUGCAGGCGUCAUUUCCCUUCUGCUCCGGACUUCUUCGGCCUGGCUCUGGGCCUCAGAAGAGGCAGCUUCCAUCCAUAGCAUUCCUUUGAAGAAGCAGUACGUUCCAGUCCAAAAGGACAGCAAAACUGUGGCUUAUAAAACUGCCUACUUCGGUGAGGUCCAUGUGGGUGCUCCUCAUCAAACUUUCACAGUUGUUUUUGACACGGGGUCUGGACACUUGAUUCUGCCGUCCACGGGAUGUGCAAGCCCUGCGUGUGCGAAGCACAAACGCUACAACCGCACUUCGUCGCAUUCUGCUGUGGACAUCGAAUACGAUGGUACCAAGCUCCGGCCGGAUGCCACCGAACGGGAUCAGGUGGCCAUCGCCUUUGGCACUGGUGAAGUGCAAGGGGAGUUUGUAAGUGAGGACAUUUGCUUGCAACCUGGCACCGCUGAGCAAGGUGCGAAUCGCCCCGGCUGUGUCAAUCUGCGAGUAGUUCUGGCUUCCAAGAUGACGGAGGACCCCUUCAGCCAUUUCGACUUCGAUGGAGUGCUGGGACUGGGAUUGCAAACCUUGGCCUUGAGCCCAGAAUUUAGCUUCUUCGGCCAGAUGCUGGUCCAGAACCCACAGAUGGAACCGCGCUUCUCUGUCUUCCUCGCUCAAAAUGAGGGCGUGGAUAGCGUUAUUUCCUUUGGCGGGCAUGAAGAGAAGUUCACUGCUGGUGAGAUUCAAUGGGCCCAAGUCUCAGAUGUUUGCCAUGAACGGCAGUUGCUGUCACGCGGAUGGAAAUACCACAAUGCGACCUUUGAUUUGUACCUAAAGCUCAGCGGCGUUUUGUUAUCAGAAUCGGCGAUGACCCGUGUGGUUUUGCCAGAGAUCAGGCGACUGGUGCAACAGGAACGGAUCCAUAAUGACAAUGAAUUGCGAGUGCGCAAGGCAAAUAUUGAUCUCUCCAACACCGGACUUACAGAUGCCAUGCUCAACACCUUGCUGGGAGACUGGCAGACUUUGGGCAUUUCCAGCUGUUCCUUGUGCCUCAGAUUACAGCGAAAUCGCCUCACCGGAGUUUCAUUGGUGACCUUGGGGCAGUUUGUGACUGCUGAAGCCAUUGGAACUUUGGAAGAGUUACAUGCAACACAUCAGCUAGGGCCGCUAGGACCUGAACGCCUCACCAGAACUUCGGUGCUGACUUUUUUGAGGAAACUCUCCCAGUGCAGCAAAUAUCCCAUUUGGGUCAAGAGACGGCGAUGUUUUCGGCCGGUGCUUGGGCCGCUUGGGAAAGAUGGUGCCCGGAUUUGCUUCGCAGAUGAUCAGGGCUGUAUUCGAGCUGCAUGUGCCUUGGCGAGGCAUGGCGCAGGGUGUCCUGUGGCACAUUUGUACGACUUCCGGAGUCAAGAGCUGCCAACGGAAAGCCCGGAACCACUCGGAGCUACGGAAAGACUGAAGGAAGCAGAACAGAUGGAGGUGACGCUUCAAGGAGAGAAGGGAAAACUCUUCUUAUGUGGUUCCUGUGAGCGGCCACUUCCUAUCGACAUGUUUACUAGAUGUCAGUUCUCCAAGGCCAGCAAAAUGGACGAACAUCGAGGGGAAUCUCAUUUGCUACGACGCUGCAAUGAGUGUGUCACUCAACCAUGCUGCGCUUGUGGCCAACUCCUUGCCUUGACGGCAUUUUCAGGCAGCCAGAUGUUACGACCCCAGGGCAGUCGCCGGUGCAGGCCUUGUACUAUCGAGACCUGGUGGUGUGACCGCUGUUCCAAGCCCAAGCCAAGCACGGAGUUUUCCUCCUUCCAAGCCCGAAAAGUUAAACAAAUCUCCAAGGUAUGCCGAGAUUGCGAGAAGAGUAAUCCCUAUUUCGAUCGGCGCCAUGUUGUUUGCGCCAUCUUCAGUGGCAAAUACACCGCUCCGCCAUGGCGUUUGCCGUCCUUGUCCAAAGAAAUUCUGAUCUCCAUCUUGAGUUUUGCCCGGGAAUCCAAGUUCAUCACCAUCAGUGGCACCAGUUACACCUGCACUUUGUGUAACAAGACCAAAUCCUUCCUGGCCAACGCCGGUGAUGAUGCCGUGGAACGCCAUCUCCGCACCUCCCAGGUCCAUGCGAAACGCCUUCGCAGCUUGGAGGCGGGUCGCUUAGUGGAAGUGGCCACCAGUGGAGUGGAGGCAGAACGUUUCCAGGAUGGCUUGGGUCUGCGGGGAGCGUUUUGCGGCAUCGACCAGGUGAAAGAAGCGGCAAGUCUCAUUGACAUUUGGAGCCUGAAAGAUAUGAAUCAAAUGAAACUGUUGCUACCCUUUCUGCGACAUGUAGGAUGUCGAGAAUCAGAAUCUGGACUGCGAUGGGCAUCUCCAGAACAAUUUGAGAAGGCCUGUGGACUGAUGGAAGCUUCCCAUGGUGGAAUUGAAGGAGACUUCUUCGCAAGUGCCUCCAUGCAGGAUGUGGCGGAAGCAGAGGAAAGAGCGCUGCAACAGAAACGUACCAAGGUGAAUAUGUUGUGCCAUCCAGGCGGGGAUGGCCAAUGA